UAUUGUACGUCGGCCUUUAUAACUUUAUAGGUUAUGAAUAAGUUAUACUUAAAUCCUUAAAUUCAAGAAGCAUUAUAAACAAAAACAAGGAGAAAGAAGAAGUCACUUAAAUGAAGAUUUCGUCAAUAUUUUCAUAUCCAUCAAAUUUAAAACCACAGUCGCGGGUUUGAAAAGAGUGGAUUUGGAUGCUAUUGGCGAAACUCUUAUAAACUUUUAAAAAAAUAAUUUUUUAAAAAUGGAAAGUGAAAACACUAGUUCUGAAGAUGAGUCUGUAAUAGAAGCUUUAAAAGAAGCAGCCGAUCAAACUUUUCUAAAAGAAUCAUUUUUCGUUAGACCAAUUACCAAAAGUGUAGACAAAGAAGAGUCUUUGACGAAUAUACGUGAACAAGAAGCAAUUAAAGCAAAGUCGAUACAAAAUUCAGAGUAUAAUAUAUUCGGAGUCUCGGAUUAUUUUCAGAAACAUGUUGGUGACAAGCUAAGCAAAUCAUUAGAGAAAGAAAUUGAAUUCAUAGACGAUUAUCAAAACCUGAAUCUUACCGUGAAAGGUGAUGACUCAAAAUUGAAACUUGGAAUCAGAUUAUUAAGCCCAUUUGAUACAAUAACACAGGACGAAGAAGUGAAUUGUGUUGAAAAUAAAAGUUCCUUUGUGCAAAACAAACGUUCUAAAACUGUGGUAAGUAAAGAUGAAGCCAAAUUGUGCAAAGAAAGAAUUAAGGAAGCAGUUGUGAGCCAUGAACGGAUUUUAUCAAAAACUGACACUAAGGCAUGGUUUGUUAGAAGAAAAGAAGCGGAUUUUAAAUAUAAAAAAUUAUCGAAUGGAACUUUAGUUGAACAAUAAAAUAAAAAAGCAAAAA